AUGUCAUUAUCACUCUUGUUGCGUCUUUCUACUCGACCCGACUUUCGCCGUCGGAUUUCUCAGAUUUCCCUUUCUCCCACCUCCGGCACGUUUCCUCCUGCCCGGUGGCCACCAGGUCUGGCUUCUUUUGGGACCGUUUCACUCAAACCCUUUCGCCCCGAGGAUCAUACUCCUCUUGGUCGGUCUCUCAAGGUUUCCACCCCAUUGUCGGGCCGGACGUCAUGGGCAAACUCCAACAUUCAGCUCCUGUACAUAGAACCAAGUGGGAUUAUGCCCUCAGCCUCCGCUGCAGCACUCGAGCGAAUCUGUGAUGGAUCGGCCUUGCCCAAAUUGACACUGCGACACCCUCGAUUGUGCAUGAAAAUCCGUGUCCGACACCCUUACACUCGGAGUCAGCCGCUGGUACCACUUCUCAUGGAGUGUGUCUGCCAUUACCGACUUUCAACUCUUCGCCCAUCUCACGAGACAUAUAGUAUGGUGUUGGCAGGCGCCAAAUCAGGUCUUCACAUGUCCAUGUGCACACGAGUGCACAACAUGGUAGUCCUCUUGGCGGGACCCACGAGACAUGCCCACAUUUGA